CUCCCCACUACAGGUGCGGCAAAGGAACAGGUGCGUCAAGAGUCACUGAGGGAACAUUUUAUAUUCAGGCAUCGCCAUUGUGAGCUCAUUUACUCGGAGAAGGCAACGGAAUACUACAUACACAGAUACAAAAAGGACUUCAUCAAGAAAGAAAAGUUUUUAAGAGUCUACCGAGCUUAAAAGGAGAGAGAAAGAUUCGCCAUUUGGACAGGUGGACGUCAUCUUCUGUUGACUUGAAUUCAUCUCGAAGAAGGACAAAGAGAAUUUGAAAUGGCCAACUCGGGUCUUCAGAUUUUGGGAUUCGCCCUGGCUCUUCUGGGCACGAUUGGGCUGAUAGUUGGUACCAUGUUGCCCCAGUGGAAGAUGUCUGCUUUUGUUGGGUCAAAUAUCAUCACAGCGGUGUCCAUGUAUGAAGGACUAUGGAUGUCAUGUGCGUUCCAGAGCACAGGCCAAAUACAGUGCAAAGUGUACGACUCAAUUCUUCAGCUCAACAGUGCCCUCCAAGCGACCCGCGCCCUUAUGAUUGUGAGUAUUAUUGUAACGUUUGCUGGUCUGGGUGUGGCCUGCAUGGGAAUGAAGUGCACCACCUGUGGCGGUGAUGACAAAGUGCGCAAGGGCCGCAUUGCAAUGACUGGUGGCAUCAUUAUCCUGAUUGGAGCCUUGUGUUCCAUUGUUGCCUGCUCAUGGUAUGCUAAUGACAUCAUCAGAGCCUUCUAUGACCCCUUCACUCCUGUCAAUACAAGGUAUGAGUUUGGAGCUGCCAUCUUCAUUGCCUGGGCUGGAGCAUUUCUGGCUGUAGUAGGAGGUGCUAUGCUGUCAGCAUCCUGCUCCAAAACCAAGAAGGCUCCUCCACCCAAUUAUCCCAUGUCCAGAAAUCCUGUGUCUCGACCUGCGGCCAGCGACAAAAGUUACAUUUGAGCAGGAAUAGGAUGCAGUUUGAAGGAACAUUUUUAAUAUUCACAUCAGUUCAACCCAGAAAUUGAAUCCUUUUGGAAAAGAUAUGCGACGAGUACCAGUUUUUAAUAUGUAAUAUUUUAACAUUAAAGUUUUUAAAUAGCGUUUUACUUCAUAUUGGUUUUGUCUGGAACAGUAGUCGGAGCUUUUUUUUUUUUUUGUAUACUUUGCAUGUAGUCUAACUGUAUUGUUAAAUUAUGGCAAAACUCAAAAUGAUGUACAGCUCUAUGUAGAAAGCUCCUCACCUGCGGUGUAUGGUAGUGCGUUUAAGAGUAUAAUGUUGGAGCGUUAUCUGAAUGCACUGAGUGGAAACCAGAUGGUAACUCUUGCACCAUAAAUGCACACUUCAUUUAGAACCUGGAAGAAAUUUCUACCAGUAACUGCAUUUACUUUUUUUUUAAUUACUGAUGUACAUAACUGGUUGCCAACAUUCUUAAUAACAGUCCUGAGAUGUGACCACUUUUCCUGUUGACAUGGUGAAGCUUGCGGUGUCUGAAUGGGUUUGGCUUAUUUGCUUUCCUUUUUUUUUUUUAAACAAUUGUGAUGUUUUGUCUUGUAUACAAAAUAAAGCAGAAAACUUAA